UCACGAGCUCCCAUGCCGCCUCCGUUUCACACCGACACGUUCGACCUCUGACAAGCACCCGCCUGCCUCGGCUCACCGCAUAAUUAUGCACCCGCUCUCCUCUGCCCUUUCAUUUCCCUCUCGUUGAUCCCCGCCGUCGUUUGUCAGGCAGCAAUCGCUACAAACAUUACUACUAUCCGGUGCCACGUUGGCGGCCCGCUCGAGCGUCCAGCGCGGGCAACCGCUCGCGCAUCUGUCCCGCUUCCUCCAACGGCUUUGGACGCCACCUCAACGUCGUCGACGCGCCCCUUGCGCUGCGCAGGUCGCAUGGCUGUCCUUUGGCUCGUGGAAAAUGCCCCCAGCUGCUGGAGACAAGAAGGCCGAGAAGUCGUAUCUGAGCUCGGCCGUCGACUCCAUCAACCCGUGGGCGAGCAGCAGAACCACGACGCCAACACCCGAUAGCAAGCGCGAUGAGUCGGCUCAGGCGGCCGCAUCUGUGCCCGCAUCGGGCGCCGCACCUGGCGAUCAUUCUAUAACACCGCUAUAUGGCCAGAGCUUCCGCACAUAUCCCAAGGACUGCCCGCCACUCAACGUUCAGUGGUUCCACGCCGUCGAUGUGCCAAAGCGAAAACCACAGCUCAUAAAGGGCCGCAAAGAGCCCGCCAAGGAUGCGAAGCCCCCCGCCCGACCGAAAAAGUACACGGCAUUCUCACCAUCUGACUCCAGACGGCUAGAGGGACGCUACCAGAAGCUGUUGGAGGCGACUGAAGAAAAUCAUGACAAGACGGCCGAGACUCAACCGUACACGGCCCAAGUUGGAGGACCCAAGGCCGACAGGUCCGACAGAGGCCAGGAAGCAGGGCUGACCCUCAAGGCUAGCAUCCGCGUGGCGGUCAAUGAAGACUUUCUCUUCGACGUCGACAUUGAGGAGCGGGAGCUUGCCCCGGUCUAUUGGCUUGGUCCUGUGUACGAGGUGCGGCGCGGCACUUGGUUCUUCCAAGAGGGGUCUAAUCUGAGGCCGUGUGAAGAGAACCUUGCAGCCCAGCUGGAGGAAGGCUACCUGAAAAUGAAGCCCUGGCUGAGUCAAGCGAGAUCGCGGAGCCAGUCGGCUGCAAAGGAGCCGCAAAAGGAUGUCGUCAAGGACGAUAAUAAAGGACCAACUACCACCGAAAGCCUCAAGGAUCCAGGUUCGUCCUCUUUGACGGCAUCGAAGCCUUCCCAAAACCAAGCGGGAACUAGCACACCUACCAACCAGCCCCAACCCUAUCGACUUUUUGGCGCAUACAUGAACAACGUGGCCACGUAUCAGGACGCCACUACGGCCUGGCUCUCUACCGAUGGCAUUAUGUCGUGGGUGACGACAUCGGUCUACGAGCGAUUUGCUGGUGGGGGCUACAUGAGCGGUGUAAAGCUGAUACGGGGCUACUCGGAGCCUAGCAAGGCGAAAGACAAGGACAAGGACAAAGACAAGAAAGACGACAAGUCGGCGACCCAAAAGCUUUCCGACAUCCCUGGCUUAGAUGAGCGGCAACAAAAGAUCCUCAAGCGUAGAUCCGCACCUCCCGCUACAAGAGACUCUAGCGACAAUGUCAGACGAGACAGCGAGGAUCCGUCAAGCGAGGCACAAGAUCGGCAUGCAACGCUCCAACGACAGCUUUCGUCGCUUCUCGAGAGCGACGGUAAGAGCACCGCUGAGACGGACGAGCAAAUUCGCAAGAGAGAGGAGCAGGAGAUUCAGGACGACUACAACGUCGAAGUCGGCGAGACUCAGGGCCGUGAAAUUGAGCAUCUCGUGCUCGUCACCCACGGUAUCGGACAGCGUCUAGGUCUUCGCAUGGAGAGCGUCAACUUUGUGCACGACGUCAAUGUGUUGCGGAAGACAAUCAAGUCUGUUUACGCGGGCUCGGCAGAUCUCAAAGCCUUUAAUUCCGAACUGGGUGCGGGACAUGGCAACUGCCGAGUCCAGGUCUUGCCGGUCUGCUGGCGCCAUCUCAUAGAGUUUCCCCGGCGUCGACAGAAGACAGGCGAGCACGAUCUCGGCGACGUCGCUGGGGAGGAAGAUGACUAUCCGGCGCUCGAGGACAUUACUGUCGAGGGCGUGGCGUUUGCUCGGUCGCUCAUUUCUGAUCUUGCGCUGGACGUAUUGCUCUACCAGAGCUCGUACCGGGAAGAGAUUUCGAGGAUUGUCGUUGGGGAGACGAACCGCAUCCUAAGGCUAUUCCGAGAGCGAAAUCCUGAGUUUAAAGGAAAGGUGCACCUUAUGGGCCACUCGCUGGGAUCUGCCAUAUUCUUCGACGUAUUGUGCCGGCAGAGAGAACAGAACGAGCACAGACAUCCGCUUCGCUUCUGGCCCUCGCAGAACCGACAGGAGAGCAAGCUUAAAGACCACGAGCUGCAGUUUGACUUCAAGGUCGACGAUUUCUUCUGCCUUGGGUCGCCGGUCGGGCUGUUUCAGAUGCUCAAGGGGCGGACGAUUGCCGCCCGCAACACGCCUCACGCGCUUCCAUCAGAAAGCCCUUUGCAUCCCGACGAGGGUGACGACCCCUUCCUCACGGCUCCAGCGCCCACUGCCGACGAGAUCUCCCCCGUCAGCGGUCUGCCGUAUUCGAUUUCAUCCCCCAAAGUCGCGCAGUUGUUCAACAUAUUCCACCCAUCUGAUCCCAUCAGCUACCGUCUCGAGCCCUUGAUAUCGCCUGCAAUGAAAGCACUUAAACCACAGGCGUUGCCUUACACGAAGAAGGGCAUCUUUGGUAAUGUGGCUCCGCAGAGUCUGACGGGCAUCGGCGCCAAAGUCGGCCAGAGCGUGAGCGGGCUCUGGUCAAGCUUCAGCGCUGGAAUUGCCAGCAACCUCAUCAACCGAAGCCUCGGAUUGACGAGUGAGGAAGUCGCCCGAAUGGCAGCUGCGGAGAGUUCGCAGUCUGGUGUCGGGCACGCGGCAAACGGCAAGACUGACGAGCGAAAGCAGCAGCUCGCCGAUUCGACAACGGCGGGCCACGACAACGCGACGCUGAUUGAUGAAGAGAUGGAGACGCUCUACUCGACAUUUCAGAAGAGCCGCGGCGAGGACAUGUCCAAGGGAGACGAAACAAUCACCAAGGGUGCAGACGGGCAGAAGGGAAGACGGUUGCGCGCAGAGGAGACCAAAGUUCGAGCAUUGAAUCGCAACGGGAGAGUCGACUACAGCAUACAAGAGAGUGCACUGGACUUCAACCCCAUCAACACCAUUGCCUCGCACAUGGGGUACUGGGGGGACGAAGAUGUCAACCAUUUUGUCCUCUCGCAACUUCUGUCAAACAGGGUCAAGAGCAAGAAGCGGCAGAGGGAUGGAUUGAAUUGACUGGAUUAGUGUUUAAGCUAUGGCGACCUCUUUGACCGCCUGGUUCCUGUCGUCUGAUAUGUAUGCGAACGGUAGCAACUCCCAAACCGGCACUGUCUUCUGGGCGCCCCCCUCGUCGACGACAAUGACGUUGAUGCUAGGGUUGUAGUCGAGAAGAACCUGCCUGCAUCUUCCACAUGGAUUGAGCACCCGGAUCUUGUCAUUGUCCCGACCUACGGCGACCAUGGUGGUGAUGUUCUUGGCGAGCACGCCUUGGGCUGCAGCGACUCCGAGGACCACGAGCUCUGCGCAGGGGCCGCCGGUGAAAUGGAAUACGUUGACCCCCGUAAAGGAGAGGCCAUCGGAUGUGCGAGCAGCGGCCGUGACGGUGUGAAGGUCGUCGUUGUCUGGGACGGCAGAGAGGGAGGAUGCGGCGAGAGCGAUGAGCUCAUGGUCCAGCUGGGACGACAUGAUGAUGUGUUGAGUAGUGUUUUGGCUGGCCUAGCAAAGGAUGGUUUUGCGUAGAUGGUAGAAUGGGAACAGGUGAAUGGAAUAGAGCCGUACCUAUAAUCAGUACC